AUGAAUCUAACUUGUAGACUGUUAUUAGUAUCUGUAUUCGUCAAUUUACUCGGCGUAGUUCGCUUGUAUGAAGCGAAGAAAGUACCGCUUUAUAUCGGAGGUCUGUUUCCCUCUGAUGACCAGGGACGAUAUCGGGGGUUGAUAUCUACAGUGUACGAAGCCAUUGAACAUAUCAACAAUUGCAGUGAAAUACUACCAGAUUACGAAUUGGUAUGGACCUGGAGAAACACAGAGGUCGAUAUUGGACUGGGUCUGUACCAUGCCUACGAAUACAUAUACCACGGCCCACAGAUGAUUGCAAUGCUGGGUCCCAUUAGCUCGUACGAGUCAGCAGUGGUAAAUCUAGUGCUUAGGUACUAUCAUAUAGUCCAGCUCAAUAUGGGACUUUCUCGAGUCCUUAAUGACGAACACCAAUAUCCUUACACCGUGCAGAUGUACCCGGAAGUUGAUUCAGAGGUCAGAGUGGCUCUCAGCAAACAUUUCAACUGGAAGAGAGUAUCCGUGCUUUACAGAGCUGAUGAUGAUUUCUGGGAAGGUUUGGCCAGAGAUACUGUUGCUGGGCUCGAACGGGAGGGCGUGUCUGUCAUUUCGGUUGAAACAGUUGGUGAGAAUGCGGACGUGAACAUGAUCAACUUGCAAACUCGUGAUGCUCAUAUUCUCUUCUUAUUUGGUUACUACGAUCAAGCUGUGAAAUGUAUAUGUUCGGCGUAUAAGUAUGGUCUAAUUGGUGACAAAUACCAAUGGAUUAUGCCGGGGUGGUACUAUCCCAAUUGGUGGAGAAGUAGUGACGUUCAGGGUCUAACCGACUGCACUCCUGAACAACUUGACUUGGCAGUGGAAGGUCAUUUAGGAAUAGAAGUGUAUCCUGUCACCACUGAUUUGGAAAAGCUCGAUUUCACUGUCCAGUCACUUGCAAACGACUAUAGAGCAUACUACGAAGAAAUGCGAGACCGUGUCUUGGUUGACUUCACUUGGGAUCCCUUCGCCUACGACAUGGUGUGGAUCAUUGCCCUGGCUUUACAUGCAACUGAAGAUAGACUGACCGCUAGUAGUUCCACAAAACGACUGACACAUUUCACAUACAAUAACAAAGAAAUUGCAGAUAUAAUAUAUGAAGAAAUCAAGAAGGUUAAUUUCUACGGUAUGACGUUCAAUGUCGAGUUCGAUGACGUUGCAUUGAGGAGACCUACGCCUCAUCUCAUUCAACAAUUACAAGACGGAAAAGAGAUUGAAACGUGUCGAUAUAAUGCCAAUCCGGGUUCUUUAGAAUGUUUUGCACCAUUUACAUGGGACAUAGAAGGUCGUAGUCCACCAAUAGACGGUGCAACAGAAGUCAUUGGUGUUGUUUCUGUAUCACCUAAAAUACGAUAUUCAAUUUAUGGAUUGGCUGUUUUCGGAAUCUUAUUAUCUUUAUUCUUUCUCUUCGUGAACUUAAAGUACAGACAUACCAAAAUACUGAAAAUGACAAGUCCUAUUCUGACGUCACUUAUACCUAUUGGGUGCAUACUGGUCUAUUCGUCCAUAUUUGUUGCUGAUUUGGACCCAACACUGAUAUCAGAAGAAUUAAUGGGUUAUCUCUGUAAGCUCCAAAUUGGUCUCCUGGCUAUCGGUAUAUCACUGUCGUUUGGUGCUCUGUUUAUGAAAACCUAUAGAGUUCAUAUCAUCUUCAACGUUGCGAUGAAAUCAUUCCGAACAAAAAAGGGUUUGCAAGAUACUAAACUCAUUUCAGCUACCAUACUCUUCGCUUUGUUCGAUGCUAUUGUGUUAACGCUGUGGAUGACAUUAGACCCGUCCUAUAUCAUAACUGUCAAGUUCGAUCCUGUGUUAGACAUGACAGAACCUGAAAAAGAAAUUUACAUCGUCGCCGUGCUGAAAACAUGUUCCUCCGAAGAUGAACUGUAUUACGCGGUGGUAUUGGUUACAGUUAAAGUUGUAUUAUUGCUUUUUGGAGUAUUCUUAGCGUGGAAGACACGGCGAGUGGAAGUCCCUGGCAUGAACGAAAGUAGAUACAUCGCAUUGUCAAUCUACAUUGUGGCGAUCACGUGUCUUGUGAGUGCAGCUGUACUCUUCUUCAUGAAACAGAAUGUCGUGUUCACGUACACCUUUCUUGGUUCCGCCAUCUUAGUCUCCAACACUGGCGUCUUAUGUCUGAUGUUUGUCCCAAAGCUCAAAUUAUUGUACCUCACCGAGAACACGAAAUCACAACGGCCAGUAAGGUCUGGGGAAUCCACCAGGAUUAAGCAAUUUCGACAAAACGACAACGAUAAUGCGAAUUUAAAAUCAGAGUUGAAUGAGAAAUACGAACAAUUGGACAAGCUGCGGAGAAUACUACGUGAAUAUGCUACUAGUGGCCCACAAGUCGAUUCACUUGAAUUCAAAUUUAUCGGAUCGUAA